AUGAUAGGUCCAAAAUAAUUAUUUCUUAUUCCCUUAAACAUUUACUAGAAUGAGGAAAGUCAAAGUUUAUAAUGCUUAGAUGAUUUUGAAGUUAAAAUUUAAUCCAAAGAAGAUUUUUCUAUAAAUCACAUUGUCUAAACUCAGUCGUCUCGUCAAAAGUUAAUGAAGAAUGAUAAAAAAGUCUUAUUUAAUCCAACUAUCAUUAGCUAUAGCUUCUCUAAAAAUGAACCAGCCACUGCAAUUUCAAAAUAGAUGAAGAAAUUAAUACAAAUGUAGCCAAAUUUAAAAUGGAUCAACCCUUCCCUUUGA